UGAAUCAAUCCUUUAUAAACAGGUAUUUUCGAUUUAUUUCAAGUUUAAAAACCAACCAUUUCAUCAGGCAAAGUUCGUCAGUUGAUGACCUUUGUCAGAUUUCAAACACGUUGAGCUUUAUAAUAACAACUAUUUCACAUUUUGUCAUCACAAGAAGGUCUUUUUUCGAAGAAGUCCGAACUCGACGUAACCACUCUCAAUGGGGAUGUUGAAGAUGACUCUCUUCUUUUCCAGCAUCUGGUUUCUCAGAACACAGGAAACGACGAAAAUGUUUUAGCCAUGUGGGACUGCGCUAAUUUCGAUGAGACUUUGUUGGAUUCAGCUAGUACUACAAACAAGGAGGAAAGUACAGCUAUAAACGAGCCCGGUAGUUCCUUCGACAACGAGGCCGGAUCAUCAACACUGCUUUGGAAUUUUGUCGAGCAGUUAGAAGAACAAAAUGAACCGACGUGUUAUCCAGACCACUUAAGUUCUGCUUCAUGGCCUUUGCACAAAUCUGAGGAGGUACAGUCUGAAGAUUCUACGCUUGAAAGAGUCUCCGUUCUUCCGGGUUUUGAAACAUUGAAGCGGCCUUUUCUUCGUUUGCCGGAAUCGACAAAAAUGGACACGACGCAACAUUGGGUGAAUGAAGGAGAAUACAAGUUAGACGAAUUUAUAAACGACUCGUCAUUGCUCACUGAGGAAGGACGGUCAGAAGUUGCAACAUCCUCUGAGCUCAUGGUAAUCAAGAACAUAGUGAAUGAGGUGACAUCAACCUCUACAGAAGAAGCAAGGCGUCCCGACGAAAAUCACUCUGUAAGAAGUUCAACCAUUCCCGCUCCGAUUCGACGUCAUUCUCCGACUUUAACCGGACUUAGCAGGCAAGUGUCUCCAUAUCCACCGAGGGGCACAUGGCAAUGCGACGCCUCACAGGCGGAACCUUAUACCAUCUCUGGCUAUAGCAGAACAAAUUCAACUUUUUCAUCGGCUUUUAAUGUCCACUCUGACGUUUCUGGAAGAUGGGAUCUAGCGGGGCUUUUGCUGGAUUCGGCAAGAGAAAAGACCCAAAUGGAAACCACCUCGCCUGAUGUCAUCUGCCCUCCAGCGCCAACGCGGCCGACCCGGUCAAAACUUACGGAUAUUUUACAGAGCCAUCAUUGUCUUCCCAUACCCAGGAGUGGCACUUCCUUCCGGUUUCAAACAUCAGAAUCCAUUCAGACGUCAACUAAGCAUUUUCCCGCUUCAUUGACUGUAAGCUCUUCUCUUCAUACAAACGGGGCGAACUUCGAAAGUACAAGUCCUUUCUACACUUCUCAUCCUCUACCCGCGUUAUUCGAGAGUGCUAGCACAACUACGCACGAUGAUACCAUUGUAAUUUCAUCAGCAUCAGAAGAUGAAAACUAAACGAUGAAGGCAGGAGCACAUCGAAAAAACCGGACUUACGCCAUCCUUGACAAAACACAGGCCAACCACUAGAUAAAAAAUUUGUUAAGACAGAUCAAGUUGAUAGGAGAAAGAUCUGAUUUUUUUUUUUGCAAAGCCAAUUUCAAGUUAAGUUUUUAAUUCUGAAAUACUUUCAAACCUAUAAAACUAGUUUUUGUCAUAUUAUAAAUUGAGCAAUGUUGCUACGUUUGUUAAGAUAGAAUUUCAGUGAUUUUCCUAAUCUUUGACAGAUGAUACCUAUUUUCUCUUAUAAUUGCAUUAUAUUUUUUUUUUUAAUUUUGAUUUUGAUUAAUCUACCUUGUGUGCUUGAGUUAAAUUCAUGUUAAUUGUAUGUGAAAUGACG